CUCAAUAGUUGAAUGUAUUUCACGAACCGGUUGAUUGAAUAAUAAGCGAAUAACCUUGAAUUACUAUCCAAUUUGUUAGUGUUGAUACACACGAGUAUUUCUUUUAUCUAAUCAAGCUUGUUUUGACUUUAGUUUCUGAUCUCAGCUGAAGUCAGUCAGUCAAUACAGAGUUCAGUCGAGCGGCAUAGUUAGGUUAUUUAUUUCACGUUUCAUAAUUUUCAUAUCAAAUUUUAAUUUUAUUUUACAAUGGCAUACAUAGUAGAUAUGCGUUCUGAUACCGUAACAAAGCCUACCAAGGCGAUGAAACAUGCAAUGGUGAAUUCUGCGUUGGGAGACGAUGUUUUUGGAGAGGACCCAACGGUGAAUGCCCUGGAAAGUAAGAUAGCAGCUUUGAUGGGGAAGCCUACAGCGUUGUUUGUGCCUUCUGGUACCAUGUCCAAUUUGAUUGCGAUCAUGGUGCACUGCAAUAAGCGAGGCUCGGAAGUCAUUGUUGGAGACAAGGCACACAUUUACAAAUAUGAACAAGGCGGCGCAGCACACGUCGGCGGCUGCCUGUUAUCCACAAUGGAGAACAAUCCCGACGGCACCUUCGACCUGGAGAAGAUGGAGAAGCGGAUCCGAGGCACCGACAUACACGAGCCAAUCACGUCGCUUGUCUGCAUUGAGAAUACGCACAACGUUUGUGGCGGGAAGGUGCUGCCCAUGAAAUGGCUUGAUGAGCUGUCUGUCAUCUGCAAGAAACAUUCAUUACCUAUACAUGUGGAUGGAGCCCGCAUCUUCAAUGCGGCAGCAUACCUAAAUGUUCCCGUGAAAGAAGUAGUCAAGCACUGCGAUAGCAUAUCCGUGUGUUUCAGCAAAGGCUUGAGCUGUCCGGUCGGCUCAGCGUUAGUGGGCUCCGUACAUUUCAUUGAACAAGCGCGACGCGUCCGAAAAAUGUUAGGAGGCGGUAUGCGGCAAGCCGGAGUGUUAGCGGCGUGUGCACUCGUAGCGCUCGAUGAAAUUGUUCCCCAACUGGAGUUGGACCACAAACGCGCAAAUAGAAUGGCUAAAGUAAUCGAAGGCAUGUUCCUCAAAUGCUUCACCGUGGACGUCCAAAACCAGCACACCAACAUAGUUCUUGUAAGACUCACACCGAAAUGUCCCGUCGGAGCGGGAAGGGUCGUGCAGAGGUUAGCGCAAGUGUCGCUGCAGGAGACUCAGGGCGACUGCAAAACGGCAAACGACGAAGGCGUGAUUCUAAAAAGCAUCAUAUUCGACGACCAAACUAUUCGCUUUACACUCCACAAUGGCAUAACAGAUGAGGACCUGUGGCUGGCCAUCAUGAAAAUCACCUACGUGUUCAAGGAGAUUGAAGCGGAGGCGGGGAAAGCUACUAAAAUUUAGGACGUUUAACGGGGCUGGCCGGUCGAAUUAUUUUACAGAUGACGCCACCAUAGGGACCGUGCGCGUUGGAGGGUCUGCCAUCUUGUGGCCUGAAUCGGAAACAUAAACAUGUACAUUGCCAAAACAAGUGCUACCAUCUACCGUUCUCGUACGUUUUCUUGUGCAUAGUAGGUUCACAUUUACUCCUCGCGACAAAAAUCUGACGGCUCCCAUGCUGCCCUGGUUUUACCUGUCAAUCCUACGGAUAGUGUCUUGGUUUUUUUGUUUUCUCCAAACCUCAUAGAACAAAACUAGAGAUGUAAAACCUAUGCUGGCGCUAUCUAUACGAAGCUUUGACUGAUGCCAACCCCAUUGAUACAGUCCAUGACUACCUGGGCUCACAAUAAAAAUAAAAACGCUCCGCGCAUCUAAUCUAAGCGUUGAUGGCCAUGUGUCUAGUUUAAAAUGGAAGCAUUUUUGUCAUAACCGUCGCAUAAGGGUUGGUUGAACUACGCACAAUCGGCGAACUCAUUAAUGUCAAAUAUGGCGCUGGUACCGAUAGCAAGUUUAAUUCUAUACAAGAAAAUGGUACCAUUGGUAACGAAUUUGAUUCAACCGACCUUUGCGGACCAGUAACGUCUAGCUUUUUGCUGUUAGGGCUCGCCUCGCUUUCAAUUAGAAUCUCUUGCAAUAUUGGUAUAUCAUACAAACCAACACAUUGACUAGUAUUUGUAAACCUUAAAACUCGACCAAGACUGCGUUUACAAUGUGGCUUGCAAAAAUACUAAAGCAUUUAUUUAGGAUUAUGUUAGGCGAUAUAUUUAUUUUUAUGACAAUAAGAAUUGGUUAGAUAGUAUACCGUACCAUACCUAUAUAGUUAAUUAUGGGUUAUUCCCACUAGUUACCACCAAGUUGGACUAGGAUUUUUUUACCACUGGUAACUAUGCCCAAAAAAUUUACUCGUAACAUUGUGGCAAAUUUAGACAAUAAAUGAAGCAAAUUUCAUAUGCUGUGCCAAUCACGACUUUAUAUUAAUAAUUAUAAGGUUAUUAUUCGAAUGUAAAUGAAAAUACAUACAUAUUAAGUAAAGUUAUGUAGAGUUAGACCACGAAGUCUGCAGAGAUUUUGACAGCAUUACCAGUAUUAUUUAUACGUCAUAAUUUCAUAGAAGUUUGAUGUUUAAAAUAACACCAAGGGCCCGUUUCUCAAAAGAUUGUAACUUGAAAUACAAGUGGAAGUCCCUUUCUAACAAAAGCUGUCAGAAAGUGACAUCGGCUUGUAUUACAAGUUAUGUACAAGCUUUUGAGAAACGGGUGUGGUCAAAAUAUCUGCAGACUUUUCUUGGUUUGACUCUAUGACAAUGUUUAUUGUUGACGUUAUCGGUAAGUACAAUACAAUGUUGUGAUGAGAUAUACUUAUC